AUGAGUUUUGGCACAUGGAACGUACAGGGAAUUAGAGGAAAGUUGGAGAUAGUUGUUAAAGAGAUUGAAGAUCUGAAAUUGGAUAUCAUUACUAUAACGGAGACAAAGAAAAAAGGUUCUGGAUCGGAGAAAGUCGGAGAAUAUGUCCAUUUGUUUAGUGGAGUUCCUAAACAUGAAAGAGCAAAAAGGGGAGUGUCCAUCCUGAUUAAGAAUAACCUGAAGAGCAAAAUAACAGGUUGGGAAGCGAUAUCUGAAAAUAUACUGAAGGUGAAUAUGACUCUGUACCAGAGGAAGAUUACAAUAUUGGCGGUUUACGCAAUAUCGGAAGAUGAAAAUGCAUCAAUAAAAGAUGACUUUUUCGAGAGAUUGAAUGAGGUCGUGCAGAAUGUUGGAUUGAAUAGGGAAAUCAUUUUGAUGGGCGACUUCAAUGGUAGAACUGGUUCAAGGAGAAACGAUAAAGUAGUGGGUCCAUGGGGAGAGCAUACAGUGAACGACAAUGGCGGAAGACUUGUUAAUUUGUGCGAAAGUAACGAAUUAAGAAUUCAAAACGGCUUCUACAAACACAAAGAAAUCCACAAGUUUACGUGGAUCCAACCUACCCGUGGCCUGAAGUCAAUUAUUGACUAUGUCAUCACUAAACAGAAUACCGAACUGAAAAUAGUUGACGUAAGAGUACAAAGAGCUGCAACAUGUGGAUCAGACCACCAUCUUAUUAGAGCAAAAAUCUGCAUACCAUAUACUCAUCGAAUACAAACUGAGGAUCGAGAACACAAUGAAAAUAUGGAAGAGGUAAAAUUGGAGACAUACAACGUAGAAAGCUUCAUACACGAAAGUACACAGGAUCUUUUUAAAAGAAGAUUGGAUAGAAAACUAGAUGAAAACUUGGAGACAAUAGAAGAUACAUAUAACAACAUAAUUAGUAGCUUACACGAAACAGCUAGAGAAACGCUAGGUAUAAAAGGAAGGAGGAAAAGUACGAAAGUGUGGUGA